UUAGAUCACAUGUUUGUAAUAUUUGAUGAGAUAAACGAGUUCUUGGAAGGAAAAAAAGUUAUGCACAAAAACAUAUCUGAUGUUUGAAUAUGAAGAAUCCAU